AUGAGAUUUGUUACAACAUGUGCGGCAUGGGCGGCCGCUGUCUUUUCGUUUGUUGUGGCUCAAGAAGUCAAUGUCACGAUCGUUCCUGUGGCUACUGGAUUUAAAGCGGAGAACACGGGCUUCGUUUACGGUACAUCGCCUCUCCUUGUCGCCAACGAUAAAAGCGCAGCGGAUGGCGGGUUUAGAACGUUUGCAGUUUCCAAUGGAAGCAGUUUCCAAGAAAUAUCGCAUUUGAAGACUGGUCGCUCGAAAAUUGUUGUCCCUGUUCUCGAUAUUGGCGGUCGAGAUCUGAUCGUCAACGUUCCCUCGCCCGACUCACUCAUCCGGGUUUUCGACGCAAAGACCAGUAAAGCGGUCGAGAGUAACGACAAGAAACAACUGGGCGAUUGGAGUGCGGCGUGCGUCUGGCGUAGCCCAACAAGUGGAGAGAGCUACAUCUUCCUGUUCGGCAAAAAGAUGGUGGUCCAGUUCCUGACUAGAGAUACUAAGAAGCGUGUUGAAGUACUGGAGGUGCAAACAUUCGCUGCUCCCAUAGAAGCCGAAACCUGUGCCGUCUUCUCAGCCGGCCAAGUCUUCUUCUCCGCGGAAGAUAGACCCUUGUACUCUUUUCAAGCUUCAGAGUCGACUCAAGCUCCUGAGAUCCAGACUUGCGUAAGCCCCGUCUCAGGCAAGUGCUCCAAGAAUGGCUUCAUCUCCGACAAGGUUUGCUCUUGUUUUGCAGGCUUCACCGGUCACGACUGCACAAAGACGACCUGCGCCAACGACUGUUCUGGUCAUGGAAAAUGCGAUGGUCCCAAUGUCUGCAAGUGCAAGGACGGAUGGACUGGUCCUGACUGUUCGUUUGUCGCGGUCAAGGCCAAGCACGAGACUGAGGCAAACGGUGGCGAUGGCGAUGACCCGGCAAUGUGGAUUCACCCUACUAGGCCAGACCAGAGCAAGAUCAUCACUACGACGAAAUCUGAUGACGGUGAGGGAUUCGGCGUCUUCGAUCUAGAAGGAAAGCUCCUGCAGCAUCUGACUGCGAAUGAGCCGAACAAUGUCGAUGUCAUCUACAACUUCACCGUUGAUGGGCGCAAGGUCGAUCUUGCAUAUGCGGCGUGUCGCGGCGACAACACAAUGUGCAUCGUCGGAGUAAACAGCACCGGCUACCUCAGCGAUAUCUCCGGUGGCACCCAGGCACUACCCGCAGACUACGAACCCUACGGCUCAUGCACCUAUCGCUCUCAGAAAACGGGAAAGCAAUACCUCUUCGUCAACAACAAAGAAGCACAAUACCUGCAAUACGAACUCACCGCCACCACCAACGGCACCCUUCAAACAACGCUCGUCCGCCAAUUCCAGGGCGGCUCCGGUGGACAAGUCGAAGGCUGCGUCGCCGACGAAGGCGCCGGCUACGUCUUCAUCGGCGAAGAACCCCUCGGCAUCUGGCGCUACGAAGCAGAACCCACCGGAUCGCAUACCGGUGUCCAGAUCGCCACUGUGGGCGAUGCAAGCGGGCUACACGCCGACGUUGAAGGUAUUACCCUCGUGCCUGCCAAGUCGGGCCCUGACGGUUACAUCAUCGUGUCAUCACAGGGUAUCUCUGCCUACCUCGUCUACGAACGCGCGCCGCCGCACAAGUACGUAGAGACGUUUACGAUUGUGGAUAAUGAGAAGAAGGGUAUCGACCAUGUGAGCAACACGGAUGGUAUUACCGCAGUUGGGAAUGUGCUGAAUGAGGAUUUCCCGGGCGGGCUGUUUGUUACACAUGAUGAUGCUAAUGAGCUUGCUGAGGGAGGUACGGCGAAGGAAGCGAGUUUCAAGCUUACCAUCUGCUACCCAGAUCUCCAUGCGAACAUGCAUCAUUGA